AUGGAGGCGGCCAUGGCUUCCGCGAUGUCCGCGGCGGCCGUGACACGCAGGACCAAUACUGCUGGAUUCCGCGUCGAGAUCACCAGCAAUGGUGCCGGCGGCGGCGGCGACGGGCAGGACGGACGCUGGCCGCCCGCAUCCAGGCGGGUGGGCGACGGUGGUGGCAGGGACGACGUUUGGGUGUCCGUCGACGAAGCGGAGGUGUCGUCGGGGGCCAGCGGCGGCGACGGCGUUCGGCCGACGCUGUUCCGGACGUACAAGGUGAAGGGCAGUAUCCUGCAUCCUUACAGGUUCUUGAUCCUGGCGCGACUGAUCGCCAUCAUCGCCUUCUUCGCGUGGCGCAUACGCCACAAGAACCGCGACGGGGCGUGGCUCUGGACAAUGUCCAUGGCCGGCGACGUCUGGUUCGGCUUCUCGUGGGUGCUCAACCAGCUCCCCAAGCUGAACCCCAUCAAGCGCGCCGCGGACCUCGCCGCCCUCGCCGACCGCUACGACGGGCCCUCCUCCGGCGAGCUCCCGGGCGUCGACGUCUUCGUCACCACCGUCGACCCCGUCGACGAGCCGAUACUCUACACCGUCAACUCCAUCCUGUCCAUCCUCGCCGCCGACUACCCGGUCGACCGGUACGCCUGCUACCUGUCCGACGACGGCGGGACGCUGGUGCACUACGAGGCCAUGGUCGAGGUCGCCAGGUUCGCCGGGCUGUGGGUGCCCUUCUGCCGGAAGCACGGCGUCGAGCCGAGAGCGCCGGAGAGCUACUUCGCGAGGAAGACGCGGGCGUACAAAGGCGGCGCGGCCGGCGAGCUCGUGAGCGACCACCGGCGCGUGCGCAGGGAGUACGAGGAGUUCAAGGUCAGGAUCGACUCCCUCUUCACCACCAUUCGCAAGCGGUCUGACGCGUACAACGGCGCGAAGAACGGGAAAGAUGCCGGCGAAAAUGCGACCUGGAUGGCCGACGGGACACGGUGGCCCGGCACAUGGUUUGAGCCGGCUGAGAAUCACCGGAGAGGGCAACACGCUGGAAUUGUUCAGGUUAUACUAAACCAUCCAAGCUGUAAACCAAGGUUUGGAUUGGCGGCCAGCGUUGACAACCCGCUGGAUUUGAGCGGCGUCGACGUGCGGCUGCCCAUGCUCGUGUACAUCUCCCGCGAGAAGAGGCCCGGGUACAACCACCAGAAGAAGGCCGGCGCCAUGAACGCGAUGCUCCGCGCGUCCGCGCUGCUGUCGAACGCGCCGUUCAUCAUCAACUUCGACUGCGACCACUACGUCAACAACUCGCAGGCGUUCCGGGCGCCGAUGUGCUUCAUGCUUGACCGCCGCGGCGGCGGCGACGACGUGGCGUUCGUCCAGUUCCCGCAGCGCUUCGACGGCGUCGACCCGACGGACCGGUACGCCAACCACAACCGCGUCUUCUUCGACGGCACCAAGCUGUCCCUCAACGGCCUCCAGGGGCCCUCCUACCUCGGCACGGGCACCAUGUUCCGCCGAGCCGCGCUCUACGGCGUGGAGCCGCCGCGCUGGGGAUCGGCGGCGAGCCAGAUCAAGGCCAUGGACAGUGCCAGCAAGUUGGGCUCCUCGACGUCGUUCGUCAGCACGAUGCUGGACGGCGCCGACCAAGAGCGGUCGAUCACGCCGCCGGCGGUGCUGGACGAAUCGGUCGCCGGUGAUCUCGCUGCCGUGACGGCGUGCGGCUACGACGACGGGACGUCGUGGGGGAGAGACGUCGGGUGGGUGUACAACAUCGCGACGGAGGACGUGGCGACCGGGUUCCGCAUGCACCGGCAGGGGUGGCGCUCCGUGUACACGUCCAUGGAGCCCGCCGCGUUCCGCGGCACCGCGCCGAUCAACCUCACCGAGCGUCUCUACCAGAUCCUCCGGUGGUCGGGCGGCUCCCUCGAGAUGUUUUUCUCCCACAGCAACGCUCUCCUCGCCGGCCGCCGCCUCCACCCGCUGCAGCGCGUCGCCUACCUCAACAUGUCCACCUACCCGAUCGUCACCGUGUUCAUAUUCUUCUACAACCUCUUCCCGGUGAUGUGGCUCUUCUCCGAGCAGUACUACAUCCAGCAGCCGUUCGGCACGUACCUCCUCUACCUCGUCGGCGUCAUCGCCAUGAUCCACGUGAUCGGCAUGUUCGAGGUGAAAUGGUCAGGCAUCACGCUGCUGGAUUGGUGCCGCAACGAGCAGUUCUACAUGAUCGGCGCCACGGGGGUGUACCCGACAGCGGUGCUGUACAUGGCGCUCAAGCUCUUCACCGGGAAAGGCAUCCACUUCAGGCUCACCUCGAAGCAGACGGCCGCCUGCCCCGGCGAGAAGUUCGCCGACCUGUACACCGUGCGAUGGGUUCCUCUGCUAAUCCCGACCAUCGUCGUCCUCGCCGUGAACGUCGGCGCCGUCGGGGUGGCGGUCGGCAAGGCGGCGGCGUGCGGGCCGCUCGCCGAGCCGGGGCGGCUCGCCGUGCUCGGGACGGUGUUCAACGUGUGGAUCCUCGUGCUCCUCUACCCGUUCGCGCUCGGGGUCAUGGGGCAGUCGGGGAAGCGGCCGGCCGUGCUGUUCGUGGCGAUGGUGAUGGCCGUCACCGCCGUGGCGGCCAUGUACGUCGCCGUCGGUGCACCGUGCCAAGCUGCGUUCUCAGGUGUGGCAGCGUCGUUGACCGGGCCAUCUGGGCAGGGACAGUUUUAG